AUGUUAUCUUGCACGGUUUUGCUAAAUUUAUUAACUCUUGCAUUCAGUUGCAUCGGUUUACUCAGUAGUAUGACAUUUAUAUUUAUUGUGAUCAGUUCUCAUCGAUUCCGUCGAAAUCUUAGUUUAAUUCUUGCAAUGAACUUAAGUAUCGGAGGAUUGAUCACUUGCAGUGCUAUGUUAAAUCAAACGAUUUACAUGUUACUCAAUGCUCCUGAAGAUUAUCUAUGUCCAUAUCGAAGUUAUUUCAUGACUGUUGGUGGCUUAUAUAUAUUUCAAACGACGUUAUUACAAAGUUUUCAUCGAUUACGUGUAACAGUUUUUGUUCAUGAUCGUCGUCUUCGUUAUCAGAGUCGACAAUUAUUCUCAGUUCUAUCGUUGAUUUCGUUCACGAUUUGUUUUAUUGGCUUGUUACCUUUAUUACUAAAGAAAAGAUUUCCAUACUAUCCCGAUGCUCAUGCAUGCUAUAUCGCCUUCAAUGAUGUUGUUGGCGUUCUGUAUCCAUCGAUUUGUUUUUAUUUUACCCCGCUGAUCCUCCAGAUAACUAUCUCAUCUUGGAUUCUUUGGCAUAUAUCGCAUAAAACUCUUGCAGGUCAACCAUUUUAUAAAACAAAACGACGUAUUCUCAAAGAACGGCGUGUUUUAUUUCGUUUAUCUAUCCCGGUCUUGUUAUUAAUGAGCGUCGGAGUGAUUUAUUUUGUAUUUUUCUUUCGGACAAUCAUUCCUGGCCAGCAAUGGCAAGCGCCAGCUUAUGCACUUCAUUUGAGUUUUUCUGGGACUUCUUUAGCGACGGCAUUGUCUAUGUUAGCAAAUCUGCUAUUUUAUCAUCAAGUGAGCGACGUUGUUCGAAAUUUAUUUCGUUGUUGUGUACAAAACAAAUCGAAACAUCGUCGUAUUAUUAUUGUUAUAUAA